AUGGCAGUGUUACCACCUGAAUUAUGGAAAGAGAUCGUAGAUUUCUUCUCCGAUUAUCAAAGUCUACGCUCUUUACUAUUAGUCAAUAAAACCUUUAGUUCUUUUGCGGUUCGUAAACUCUAUGAUAGAAUUAUUAUAGGACCACAUAUAGAUUUCAAUAAAUUUGCAGAAACAAUCUCGAUUAGCAGUAAUGGAAGUGGUGAAAAAAUUGCAUAUUACGAUUACGCUUUUUUAACUCGUACGAUUUCAAUCACUUCUUGCGACCGAGAAAAUGAGUUUCCUUGGUUUCGUCUACCACUAGUCCUGGCACAAUGUUCUAACGUAAACGGAAUUUUAAUUAGUCCCAGGGAACAACAAUAUGCGGAACCACAGACCAUUGCGGUAAUGGAAGUUGUCAGAUCCACGACUUUGGUUACCAAAUAUCUAGCAAAGGCGAUAGAAAUUCUUUCUUCAAGAAAAAUUCGUAAAUUAUGUUUAAGGUCUUUACGAUUUUUAGGAGAAUUUCAAAGACAUGGAAGUUAUUUUUCUACAGCUUUAAGUAAUUUACAUGAUUUAGAAAGUUUAGAACUUUGGCAUGAAAAUGGUAGACCAUUAGGAGAUGUUGGUAAAAAGUGUAUUGUCAAGUUAAUUGAAAAUAAUGAUUUAAAAGAACUUAAUUUGGAUUGUUAUGUUGUGGAUGAUUUAGAACUUGAAAAUCUCGUUUCAAUAUUUAUUAAUUUACCAAAUCUACAUUCAUUAACUUGGUGGGGUACUAGAUUUAAUAAAGAGGAAGAAGAAUUACUUUAUCAUGUCAUUUUUCAACAAUGUAGUAAUUUAAAAAGAUUAAUUAUUGAAGUAUCAGGUUUUCAUGAAGGUGAAAAUUUUCUGAUCCUUUCUCGACAUUGUAAAGGAUUAGAAGAAUUAAUUACUUGGCAUGAUAUUGACGGUGGCGCUUUACCUCUUUCUACAUUAAUGAAUUUAAUUGUUAUGAAUAAAUCUACUUUAAAACGCGUUGAUGCUUGGGUCUCCCUUGCUGACCCUCCGGUGGCUACUCAAUCAUUAUUUAAUAAAUUCUGGCCUACAAAUAGAGCUUGGAACGAUAAUUAUGAUAUUUCCGUAUCCAAUCCAAAUCUUUCUAGGUUAUUAUCAACUUAUAGGCAAGAUAUUGAAAGUGAUUGGAAAAUGUUGGUGGAAGAACAUUUAGGAAAACCAAUUAGACACAUUUGUCACAAUUUAGAUGAAUUAAAACUUUUCUUGACUUAUUGGUAA